AUUCACCUGUUAGCGCUGACAUUCACUCGAUCCACACACACUGCUCUCCACUGCACACUCACACACUCGCAGACAGCACACUUCUGCGCUCUUUCCAGCAUCCAAUCCCCUGUUCAGAGAAGAGGGAGCAAUGACUGGCAACCACUGGGGAUAUGGGGAGGACAACGGUCCAUCAGAAUGGUACAAAGACUAUCCCAUUGCAGAGGGUAACCGCCAAUCGCCUAUUGAUAUAGUCCCUUCAGAAGCUGUAUUUGAUGCCAGACUGUCUCCUAUCUGUCUGUCUUACAACAACUGUACCUCUGUCAGCAUAUCAAACAAUGGCCAUUCUGUGGUGGUGGAGUUCAUUGACUCAGAUGAGAGAUCAGUGAUCCGGGGAGGUCCUCUGGAAAACAUGUACAGGCUUAAACAGUUUCAUUUCCACUGGGGAUGCAAGGGGUGCAGUGGCUCUGAACAUACAGUUGGUGGGAAAACCUACGCUUCUGAGCUUCAUCUGGUUCAUUGGAAUGCCAUAAAGUACAAGUCCUUUGGUGAGGCAGCAGCAGCACCUGAUGGCCUGGCUGUCCUUGGCAUCUUUCUGGAAAUUGGUGAUGAGCACAGCGCUCUUCAUCAGAUAACAGAUUCCUUGUAUAUGGUUAAAUUCAAGGGAAGUGUUGUUGAUUUUAAGGGCUUUAACCCAAAGAGCCUCCUGCCGAACAGUCUGGAGUACUGGACAUACCCAGGCUCUCUCACAACCCCUCCAUUGUAUGAGAGCGUCACAUGGAUUGUGCUGAAAGAACCUAUUUAUGUGUCAGAUAAGCAGAUGGGAAAGUUCCGGAUGCUGUUGUUUAACGGAGAGGAAGAAGACGACCGAAAGCGCAUGGAGAACAACUUCCGACCACCACAGCCUCUGAAAGGCAGGACAGUGCGGGCCUCUUUUAAGUAGUUUGGUUGCUUACUGGUGACCUGGACCGCCUAGACCACCAGUUAUGAUCCACUAUGUGUCAAGACUGUUUGAGAAUCACCUCAGAAGUUGAAGCAUGAAUAAUAAGGGUUUAGGGUUUGUUCAAUCAUGUCACUCUCUAUCUGUUGCUUAAAGGUUUUGGCCGAUGACCUCAAACACACUUUGACUUUGACAUUGAGCUCUUUGAAUCCGAGGCUCUACAUUUUUAGAUCCCUUCUCAUCCACCUUUAACAGGCUUGUGCAAACAGAUCCUUGUUGCAGAUAUUUGUGCUUUCAAAGGGUCCAAGCUUGCCGUCGUCUUCUUUCUCACUGCUAUAGGAAAGGGUCAGUAAACCAGGAUCCUGAAAUGUAACCCAUUAGUCGCUACCAGAGACUCUUGCUAACUUUUGAUAUAGGACAUGUGUGGUGUUAUUUAAGCUUUUCAUAGUAAAGCUCAUGGUGCUUCCAGGAAUAUAGUCCUGGUGGUGGCAGGAUGGCACUGCAUUAACAGUGAAAGCUGCAUGAAAACCUUGAAAUGCCUCAGUAAUGUAGAUAGCACUUCUGUUUAUCUGAUUGUUGUGACUCCAUGAAGUAAAUCUUUACAGGAUCUUUGAUCAACACUGCUGUAGUGAAUGUCCCUGUGCUGUCAGUGAAGCCUUAUAAAUGCUCUGACAGUAAUAGUAGGGUGAUGAUAGAUGACAGAAGGUUAAAAUGACUAACUGAUUACACUGUUCAUACUUUAAAAACAGUUCCUAUUAUUAAUGUCAUUCCUAAUGGAAUCUCUGGCAUGGCUGUUGGAGUGUUAUGGAAGAUCUCUACUCCUAGACAUCAUCCAGCUGGAAUGGCAGGGAUUUUCUUUUGGGUGUAUUUGGUGGCUGGCAUGGUUUCAUAUAUAUAUUUUAUAUAUUGCAUUUAGUUUUUAUGUUAAACAUGUACAAAAUAAAAUUAUUUUAAUAAUC